GCUGUCGCAGUCGAACCCAGCUGCAGUCGGUGCGGUCGGCGAGUAUUGCUGGAAGCGAUGCCGCCUCAGAGCGGCGCCCCGGUGCCGGCGCGUUAAGGGCAAGAGACGGACUGCUGCGGCUGCUUCGCUUUGCCUUUGCCCGGCCGGCCGGCCAGCGGGGGCAGCUUCCCUCGGGCCCACUGCCUUCCUCCGCAAUCCGGUGGGGUGGAAAGAACCGCUCCUCCCGGCGCCUUCAGGGGCACCGGGGAGCCCUUGGCCGUUCGCGGCGAGGACACGCCGUCGCUGCCCAUCGCAGGCAUCCCAAGAGCGGAGGAGGAGACAAUCCCAGCCGCCGCGGGCGGUUGCCGAGACUUCGGGGGCCGUCUGGGCAAGAGACCGGCGAUGGAUGCUCAGCAAGCGAGCGUGGGGCGCCUGAGGCCCCCCCUCCUUCCCCAUCGCCGCGGCCGAGCCUAGCGCCAGGCGGGAGAUUCCCCUCCACCCCCCGCCAACCAACCCUCUCCGCGGCCCCGGCACCUGCCUCCCCCAUGAGCCGGGAAGGGGAAAAAGUUGGGAGCCGUUUCUUCUUCGGGGAGGAGGAGGAGGAGUCACCCAAGUCGGAAAGCGCCUGAGCGGGGGAGCCGAAGAAAACAACCGGCGGACGAUUCAAAAGCCGAUUCCGCCCCGGAUUGGCGUCCCUGCGGGGCUGGCCGGCGAUUCUGGCCCCGGGCCAAGCGGCGACGCCGGGGAUGCCUCCCCUCCUGAGAGGCCGGCGGGAUCGGAGCCGCCGCCGCUGCUGCUGAGCGCUCCCGCGUGUCGCCCUGCGUGGCUCUCCUCCUCCUCCUCCCGCGCCUGGGUGGAGCCUCCCCUUGGCCGGCGGGAGGAGGCGGAUGCUCGGCUUCUCCCGAAACAGCCGGCUGACUAUCCCCCGGAGGAACCGUGCGGGGAAACCACGAGGAUGCCGCUGGGGGCUGGCCGGAGCUGGGGCUGAGUCCCGGCAGGGGGAGGGGGGCGGCCCGACGUGGAUGGCGAGAGAGCGGCUGGGGAGACGUCGGGCGGCGCGUGGGGCGGCAGGCGGCGCGCCCCGACCCCUGGCGCUGAGCGAGCAGCUCCGGCUCUUCCGUCCUCCAGAAAUGCUGCAUCAUGAACCCGCCGACCAUCCGGCUCUGAGCCCGAAGCGGCCGGAGAGCGGCUCCUCCGCUGCCCGUUAGCAGCGGCGGGGACGGGCCGAGGCGGCGAGGCAGGAAAAGCCGGAGGGAGACCCCCGCGACCCCCUGACCCGUCGACCGGCCGGGGUUGCCCCCCUCCCUCCCCUCCGCAGGACGGCGAUGCCUGGGCUGUAGACUCCGGGCAGGGAGGGGAAGUCCGGUGCCCCCGAAGAGGAGCCAAGUGCCUGCAAAGCGGAGGGAGGGGAAGAGGAGGAGGAGGAGGAGGAGGACUGGCCCCUCCCCGCCCUGUCCCUCGGAGCAUCUCGUCCGGCAACUCUGCAACUUCUCCUCCAGUCGACGGAGCCGCUUCUCCGGGGCGGUGAGAACUUUCUUCCCAGUCCGUCGGCGCUCUGGGCUGGAACCGGGCUUUGGCGCAGCCCGCUUCACACGAGCGGAGGACGACGCGCGUCAAGGUCCCUAGCCGCUGUUGAAGUCGAGUUGCCGAGCCGGGCGAAUCCAAGCGGCUCCGGAGAGGCUCUUUGGGCAGGGUCGGACUCUCGGCCGGGGCGCGUGGUGCUGCGUGGCGGCCGGAGGGAGCCCCCUUAGCCGGCCCUCGCGGAGCUCCCAUGCUGCUACCGCGGAAGUGGCCGGGCUGGCCGCCGUCGGCGCUGCGGCUGCCGCAGAAGUUCCUUUUCUUGCUCUUCCUCUCGGGCCUGCUCACGCUCUGCUUCGGCGCCCUCUUCUUGCUGCCGGACUCCUCCCGCGUCAAGCGCCUCUUCCUGCCCCGCCACGCCGGAGCCGAGGUGGAAGCCCCCCGCAGCCCUCCGCCGGGACCCGGUCUGGUCCGCCACCUGCCCGCCAACGCCAGCCCGGCCGCCCCGCCGCCGCUGCCCUCGCGCCACCUCCGCGACCCGCCCGACCUCCCGCCCGCCGUCGCGCACUCCGAACCGGCCUCCCGACGGACCCGCCCGCCGCGCCUCCCGCCCGCCGAGCAGGGCGCCUCGGCUCCCCCCUUGCAGCAGACGCGGGCCCCGUUCCGCUUCGACUACGCGGCGUUCCGGCAGCGCCUCCGCCAUCCGCUGCUGGGCGGCAGCAGAGGCGGCACCGAGGAGCCCGACACCCGCGUCCGGCGACUGAAGAUCAAGGAGAUGAUGAAAUUUGCUUGGGAUAACUACAAGCAGUUCGCUCUGGGGAAAAACGAACUGAGACCUCUCACGAGAAAUGGACACAUCGGGAACAUGUUUGGAGGCCUCCGGGGAGCCACCGUGGUGGAUGCUUUGGAUACCCUGUACGUCAUGGAGCUGCAGGAAGAAUUCCAGGAAGCCAAAGAUUGGGUGGAGAAGAGCUUUGACUUGAAUGUGCAGAAUGGCGAAGCUUCCUUAUUUGAAGUGAACAUCCGCUACGUUGGGGGACUUCUGUCUGCGUAUUACCUGACGGGCGAAGAGGUCUUCAAGAGCAAAGCUCUAGAACUUGGGGAGAAGCUUCUCCCGGCCUUUAACACACCGACCGGAAUCCCACGAGGAGUCAUCAACCUGGGCAGUGGCAUGAGCUGGAGUUGGGGAUGGGCAUCAGCGGGAAGCAGCAUUUUAGCUGAAUUCGGGAGCCUCCACUUAGAGUUUAUGCACCUUUCAGAACUGUCUGGAAAUCCCAUAUACGCCGAAAAAGUAAUGAAUAUCCGCAAAGUCCUGAAUAGAAUUGAGAAACCUCACGGACUUUACCCGAACUUUCUCAGUCCGGUCACAGGGAACUGGGUACAGCAUCAUGUCUCUGUCGGUGGCCUGGGGGACAGUUUUUAUGAAUAUCUGAUCAAAUCUUGGCUCAUGUCAGAUAAGCAAGAUAGCGAAGCCAAAACCAUGUAUGAUAAAGCUCUGGAGGCCAUAGAAAAGCACCUUGUCAAAAAAUCGCCCGGUGGGCUAACCUACAUUGCCGAAUGGCGAGGAGGCAUCUUGGACCAUAAAAUGGGGCACUUGGCUUGCUUUUCUGGUGGCAUGAUCGCCCUUGGAGGGGAACACGCCCCGGAAGAAGAGAAACAGCACUAUUUGGAUCUAGCUGGGGAAAUCACACACACUUGUCAUGAAUCUUACAUUCGCUCAGAUACCAACCUGGGCCCUGAAGCAUUCCGUUUUGAUUCUGGAGCGGAAGCAAUGGCCACACGACUCAGUGAUCGUUAUUACAUCCUGCGCCCCGAGGUUGUAGAGAGCUACUUCUACUUGUGGAGAUUGACACAUGACCCCAAGUACAGAGAGUGGGGUUGGGAAGCUGUCCAAGCGCUGGAGAAAUUUUGCCGAGUCGAAGCUGGUUUCUCUGGGAUCCGCGAUGUGUACACAACCACCCCAAGCCAUGACAACAUGCAGCAGAGCUUUUUUCUGGCAGAGACGUUAAAGUAUCUCUAUCUUCUGUUCUCUGAAGAUGAUGUGCUCUCCCUCAAGGACUGGGUGUUCAACACUGAAGCUCACCCGUUGCCUGUGAAUCACACAGACUUUGCCCUGAAGACAAGCAUGCAGUAGGAGCAACUUCGCCCUUCUGGGUUCUGUGAAGGGAUCCGGAGGGGUUGCUUGCUUGCUUCUUUUUUUUUUUCCUCCUUUCCAGUAAAGGAAUGCACAUAUUCCCGGAAAGGUAUUUUGGGGGCAUUCGUCCAAUUCCGGACAGCAUUAUAUCGGGGAGUAUAAAAAAAACUGUGAAACAAGCACCUUCAUGGGGUUUUUUUUUCCUCUGUGAGGAAACUUAUAACCUGAUAAUUGGAUGUUGAUUACGGGCCAUAAGACAGACAAAAUCGCAGACGUUCCUUUCUAUGAAGAAUUUCUACGGAAUCCACUGACUUUCGCUUUUGCGUGGCCAAAGGAUCAGGAGUUUGCCAUAAAAUAGAUGUCGGUUUGUGCCAUUCUUCUUGCCCCAAACUUGCUCCCUCUUUUUUUUAUAUAUAUAUAUACCAUUGAUUUUUCUCCCCCACCUUUCUGACCUAUACUUUUUUUUUUAAGCAGUACACAUCUCAAGAGAUCCUGGUUAAGGAGUCUUUCUAAAUCCCACGCACUUCUUUCUUUCCCCCUUUCCUCACCCAUCUUUUCACUCUCUUCAAACGUUUGCCAACUUUUUCUUUUCUUUUUCGGGUUUUCCUGGGUUUUGCUUGAUCACUUUCCUUUGAUUCUGUACCCCCCCUUCCUCUGGAGCAAAACCUUACGAGGCAUUUGUAAUGAUUUCAUUUCUGUAAUGCUCAGAUGUGAAAAAUGAAAUAAAAAUUCAUGUCGGCUAAAAAAAGAAAAGAGAGAGA